AUGUCCAUUACAGUGGCUCUGCUUGGGGCAGGUGUUUUUGCAACUAAGGAGCAUCUCCCAGCCCUUAGCUCAUGCCCAUCCUUCAAUCUGAAGGCAAUUUACUCGCGAUCGCAAAAGUCGGCAGAAAGCCUUGCGGCUGCGGCCGGCGAGAAUACCGAAGCUUACUUUGAUUCGCCAUCUGUUCCAUCUAAAUCACUUGAUGAUCUGUUGCAACGCAAAGAUAUUACUGCAGUGGUUAUCGCUGUAGCUAUAAAUGUAGCACCUGACCUUAUCAGGAAAGCACUGUCGGCGGGUAAACAUAUUUUAAGCGAGAAGCCGAUCGCUCCGGGCGUUCAGACAGCAUGCGAACUGAUGAGAUAUCAUCAGCAGCAUGCGAGAGGCGUUCUAUGGGGCGUGGCGGAGAAUUUUCGCUUUUGGCAGUCCGUUCAGAAGGCCGCGGAUAUGCUCAGGAACAUGGGUGGAAGCCUGGUGACGUUCUCAGUCACUGUUUAUUCAUUUACUGACCACAAAAAUCCAUUCUAUCACUCUCAAUGGCGCCAGAAACCUACUUUCCAGGGUGGUUACAUGCUGGAUAGUGGUGUUCAUUUUGUGGCGGUUCUACGGAUGUUGCUCGCCGCGCUCGGUCGUAAGAUAACAGCUGUCACCGCACACACAACAUCUUUACAGGAGGAUCUACCCCCCGUUGAUACUAUCCACGCCAUCUUAAGAACUGACAAUGGGCGUAGCGGUACUUAUAUUUCCUCCGUCGGGAUCGAAGCCAAGCGUGUCAUGGAGUUCGAGAUUGUGACAGACAGAGGCUCCUUCACCUAUCGUCCUUUCCAAAUGGAAAUACUGUCCAAGCAAGGCGGAGGAGGCAAGUGGGUGGAGACAUCAGAGCCAGCGCCGCUUAUCUGGGGAGUGAAAGAAGAGAUAGCGGCGUUUGCUGAGGGUAUUUCCACGGGCAAUCUAGAUCAAAGAUUGUCGUGCUCUGAGGCUCUGGAAGACUUGAGGGUCCUGGAAGCCAUGCUAAGCUCCGGCGAUGCACAAGGAAUGCCUGUAAUUACAUCCGAGGACACAUCUAAUCUACUUUCUUGA